AUGACAUCCAUGACACGACACGACACGACAUGGGCUCUUAACAUCAUCAGGCGGCAGCCCGGUCACCUCCCUUUGGGUGCUAGCCCGAGCUCUCCUUACUCGACACUCUCGAUCUCAACGGCUACAGACGAGGCGCUGGGAAAGCUCGUCUCAGCUCGUAUUUUGAUGGCCGUUCGGCCACGAGGCGCCAUGCGUCUGGCGGUGCUGCAAUCGGGCCUUGCCGCCUUGCUCUUCGGAGUCAGCGCCUACGCCGAAUCGUUCACGCCGAAGCACGAACUGGGCCGGUGUGCCUUUCGCGGCCAGUGCGGCAAGCAGAGCCUCUUUGGCAAGGAGCUGCCGUGUGUCGACAAUGGCCUCGCGCACGACCCGGACGACGAUCUUCGAAAGGAGCUGGUUGAGCUCUGCGGCGCCGAAUGGGGCGAGGGGCCGGUCUGCUGUAACAUGGAACAGGUCCAAGCUUUGAAAAGCGAAAUGGGCACUCCGAGAACCCUCAUCGGGUCUUGCCCGGCCUGCAAGGAAAACUUCUUCAACCUGUUUUGCAAGUUUACGUGCUCCCCCGAUCAAUCGACCUUUAUCAACGUCACCGAUGCCGCGAAAAAGAGUGGGAAGCUGCUCGUCACUGAGCUCGACCAGCUGGUCUCUGAAGAAUAUGGCUCCGGGCUCUACGACAGCUGCAAAGAGGUCAAGUUUGGAGGCGCCAACAGUAGGGCCAUGGACUUGAUUGGUGGAGGAGCCGGUGAUUAUCACAGCAUGCUCAAGUUCCUGGGCGACAAGAAGCCAUUCGUUGGCUCCCCCUUCCAAAUCAACUUUCCUGAAAAUUACGACCAGCCUGGCAUGGAGCCGAAGCAGAUGAAGCCCAAGAAAUGCAACGACGAGGACCCGGCCUAUCGAUGUGUAUGUGUCGACUGCCCCGAGGUAUGCCCUACCUUGCCGGAUGUCAACGAGGCUGGAUCCUGCAAAGUGGGAAAGCUACCCUGUCUUUCUUUCGCGUCCAUCCUUACGUAUGGCGUCCUGCUGCUUGCUCUCUUCACUGCCGUCUUUGGUCACAUCUUUUGGUUCAAAUAUCUCAAGCGCCGCGUCGAAAGGUCUCGUCUACUGCACGACUCCUCCCACAGCGAUGAUGAGGAUGAGGGCGGGCCUAUUCUUCCUGAUGCUAUGCGAGAUCAGCCUACAAAGCGGUAUUGGCUCAACGACAAGUGCGACAAGGCAUUUCGUAACCUGGGAGACACGGCCGCGCGGUUUCCAGGCCUCACCAUAGGUAUCAGCUUGCUCGUCGUUGGCAUCCUCAGUGCUGGCUGGUUCCGGUUCGAUAUCGAGCAAGACCCUGCUCGUCUCUGGGUCAGUCCAUCUUCGGCCGCUGCGCAAGAAAAGGAAUACUUUGACUCCAACUUUGGCCCCUUUUUCCGAGCCGAAAAGAUUUUCCUGGUCAACGACACCGAGACUUCUGGCCCUAGCCCCGUUCUCAGCUAUGAGACUUUGCAGUGGUGGACAGAAGUUGAAAAGAGUGUUGAAAAACUCAAGGGUUCUACCCAUGGAAGCUCGCUUAGUGAUGUUUGUUUCAAGCCUACUGGUGAUGCUUGUGUCAUACAGUCUGUUACGCAAUACUGGUACUCAAAGGGAGGAGAUAUCGACCCCAACUACUGGAAGGAAGACUUGCGCAGCUGCGCGAUAUCUCCCGUAGACUGUCGACCUGCGUUUGGACAGCCCAUUGAACCAACCAUGAUCUUGGGCGGCUACGGCCACGAUGUCGCUGAAUCUCAAGCCAUGACCGUCACAUGGGUGGUCAACAACGCCCCCGAGAAUUCUGAUACCCUGGCUCGUGCCAUUGAUUGGGAGAAUGCACUCCGUGAUCGACUCCUUCAAGCUCAAGAAGAGGCCAAGAGCCGUGGUCUUCGAUUGUCCUUUACCACCGAGAUUAGUCUUGAACAGGAACUCAACAAGUCUACCAACACGGAUGCCAAGAUUGUCGUCAUCAGCUACAUUGUCAUGUUCAUCUAUGCCUGCCUGGCACUGGGCACACCCCUGAAGCACCUCUUUGGAAACCCAGCGCUGCUGCUUGUCGAGUCAAAAGUCACUCUGGGUCUCGCCGGCAUCAUCAUUGUUCUCAUGUCCAUUUCUGCGUCCAUUGGCUUCUUCUCCUGGGUUGGUCUGAAAGCCACGCUCAUCAUUGUCGAAGUCAUUCCGUUCAUCGUAUUGGCUGUGGGCGUCGACAACAUCUUCCUUAUUGUCCACGAGCUCGAAAGAGUCAACAUUAAUUUCCCAGACCAGAUGGUGGAGGAGAGAGUCGCCCGGGCCUUGGGCCGCAUGGGACCUUCCAUCUUGUUUUCGGCCCUGACUGAGACGUUUGCGUUUGCCCUUGGAUCUGCGGUGGGCAUGCCUGCUGUCCGAAACUUUGCUGCUUAUGCCGCUGGUGCGGUUCUCAUCAAUGCAGUUCUUCAGAUGACCAUGUUUGUGUCCUUCUUGGCCUUGAAUCAAAUGCGGGUGGAAGAUCAUCGUUGCGAAUUCUGGCCGUGGUGGCAGAUUAAGAAAGCUAGAAUCACUCUUAAUGGCAGCAAUGGCUAUACUCCAGCAACCGGAAGAGUGUCUGAUGCCGAUGAGGAGAGCUACUUGCAAAUCUUCAUCAGGAACACUUAUGCGCCUUUCCUCUUGCGAAGGCAAACCAAGGUCGGUGUCGUAGCCGUCUUCCUUGGUCUUUUGUCAGCUGCCAUCGCCUUGCUACCAGGCAUCCAGCUUGGACUGGAUCAGCGUGUCGCCAUUCCAGACGGCUCCUACUUGAUCCCCUACUUCAACGACCUCUACGACUACCUGGAGACUGGCCCUCCGGUGUACUUUGUUACCCGCGGAGUGGAUGCGUCUCAACGCCCACAACAGCAAGCAAUCUGCUCAAGGUUUACCACCUGCGAGCCAUUCUCCCUGACAACCACUUUGGAGCUCGAGAGGCAGCGAUCUCACCUUUCAUACAUCAUGUCUCCAACGGCAAGUUGGGUCGAUGACUUCUUCCUCUGGCUGAAUCCCAUCUACGAGCAGUGCUGCAUUGAGCGUGGCUCAACCUGCUUUGCGGACCGCCAACCUGCCUGGAACACCUCUCUUCAUGGGAUGCCCGAGAAUGAUGAGUUUAUUCAUUAUCUCAAAAAGUUCCUUGCGGCAAAGACGGAUGACGUUUGCCCGCUGGGUGGCCAAGCGUCCUACGGAGAUGCAGUCAUUCUGGAUGAUGAGUCUGCGCACGUCAAAGCCACUCAUUUCAGAACCGCGCACACACGCCUUCGCAGCCAGGAAGACUUUAUCAAGGCCUACUCUUCUGCACGCCGCAUCGCCUCUGACAUCACGAAAGCUACUGGAGCGGACGUUUUCCCUUACAGCGUCUUCUACAUCUUUUUCGACCAGUAUCUCAGCAUCAUCCAGCUGACUGCCGGUCUUUUGGGUGCUGCUGUCGGUGCCAUUUUCAUCAUUGCGUCGCUCCUCUUGGGCUCCGUUCUCACAGCUGCCAUUGUGACGUUGACGGUUAUCAUGAGCGUCGUUGACAUUAUGGGUGCCAUGGUGCUGUUCAACGUCUCUUUGAAUGCCGUUUCUCUCGUGAAUCUCAUUAUUUGCGUCGGAAUCUCGGUUGAGUUCUGCGCGCACAUUGCCCGAGCCUUCAUGUUCCCCUCGCGAACCGUCAUGGAGAACAGCUUCAACGUCAACGGGCGAGAUGCUCGUGCUUGGACGGCGCUGGUCAACGUUGGCGGAUCGGUGUUUUCUGGUAUUACCGUUACGAAGCUAUUGGGCGUCAGCGUUCUUGCGUUUACGCGAUCCAAGAUUUUCGAAAUCUACUACUUCCGAGUGUGGUUGGCCCUGGUCGUCUUUGCUGCCCUUCACGCACUGGUGUUUUUGCCGGUUGCGCUGAGUCUUGGUGGAGGGGAAGGCUAUGUCGAUCCUGAGAGCGAGGGCACGGCUGCUCAAGAUUUGACUGAUAGACGAUGGCGAGCGAUUACAAUAAACGACAAUAGCGACUCUGAAGAUGACUAUUAG